CCGACCUCCCUCGACGCACGCACUUCCCAGUCGCCCAACAUGGCUACUCAGAGCGUGCAAUGCUUCGGCAAGAAGAAGACCGCGACUGCCGUCGCCCACUGCAAGGCCGGCAAAGGACUUAUCAAAGUCAACGGAAAGCCGCUCGCGCUCGUGCAGCCCGAGCUCCUGCGCUUCAAGGUCUACGAGCCCAUCCUGAUCCUCGGCGUUGACAAGUUCGCCGACGUCGACAUCCGCGUGCGCGUCUCCGGCGGAGGUCACACGUCGCAAAUCUACGCCAUCCGCCAAGCCAUCGCCAAAUCCAUCAUCGCCUACUACCAGAAAUACGUCGACGAGCACUCCAAGAACCAGCUGAAGCAGGCCCUCGUCCAGUACGAUCGCACACUGCUCGUCGCCGACAACAGGCGGUGCGAGCCCAAGAAGUUCGGCGGUCCCGGUGCGCGCGCAAGGUACCAGAAAUCGUACCGUUAAAGGAUACUGGGAAACAUGGUGGUGGGAGGCAUGGAGCGGUGUUCAUCGUGGGCUCUUUUACUAUCUGGUCUAUGGGUCUCAUUUCGAUCGGUCGACGUGCGGGCCUGAACAAGCGACUCGGAUCUUGUGACGAUAAAAAUGAAUACGCUGGUUGCAGGCACAGCAGAGUGGGCUUGUGACAAGAUCAAAAGCUUUCGUUGGGCCAUGUUGUGAUGCUAGGAGACGGACGGAUAUCCGCCAUCUUUUCCAUGACCUAACCGCUGAACCCAUGCUGCUCCAUCGCUAACCGGCAUUACAAAAAUACAUUGGGAAGAGUCAAGCCUCGCUGCUGAAUGAUGUAUCUCUAUGAUAAGU